AGACAUACGUUGCUGUCCCACGUUGUUCUUCUUCUUUCUUUUGUCUACGUGUUUUACUCUCUCUCUCUCUCUCUCUCUCUCUAUUGUUUGACGACCACCGGAAGAGAACAUAGUCACCGCACCAAAUAUUCUUUUUUGCCUUCUUAAAGAUUUGAUUUUUAUUUUCUUCUUUAUUAAUCAAUUGAAUCGGGAAUAAAACAUCUAUCUCAUCGGAAAUGAGUAACGAGCUUCUCACCAUCGAUCCUGUCGACCUUCAAUUCCCUUUUGAAUUGAAGAAGCAGAUCUCUUGUUCUCUCUAUCUUGGUAACAAGACUGACAGUUAUGUCGCCUUCAAGGUUAAGACGACGAAUCCAAAGAAGUAUUGCGUUAGGCCUAAUACUGGUGUUGUUCAUCCCAGAUCCUCUUCUGAAGUCUUAGUGACCAUGCAAGCUCAAAAGGAAGCUCCUGCUGAUAUGCAGUGUAAAGACAAGUUCUUGCUUCAAUGUGUUGUGGCUAGCCCCGGAGCCACCCCCAAGGAUGUUACUCAUGAGAUGUUUAGCAGAGAGGCAGGGCAUCGAGUUGAGGAGACUAAAUUGAAAGUUGUCUAUGUUGCUCCACCACGACCACCAUCACCCGUUCGUGAAGGAUCUGAAGAGGGCUCUUCACCUAGGGCUUCUGUCUCAGAUAAUGGCAAUGCUUCUGAUUUUACUGCUGCUCCAAGAUUUAGCGCGGACAGGUUUGAUGCUCAGGAUAACUCAUCUGAGGCAAGAGCACUCGUCACAAGACUCACCGAGGAAAAGAACUCUGCGGUUCAACUGAACAACAGGCUUCAACAAGAAUUGGAUCAGUUGCAGCGUGAAAGCAAGAGAAGUCAGAGUGGGGGAAUCCCAUUAAUGUACGUUCUUCUUGUCGGACUAAUCGGUCUAAUCUUGGGAUACAUU